CUGUACUUAUAUCAUGUAAGGAGUCGCAACAACACAAAUUUCCAUUUUCUUUUCCAUUUUUUUUUAAUUUAUUCAAAAUUAAAUUCCAGUGAAGAACAAACACCCAAUUUCUCUGUUCUUUAAUUCAUAUAUGCUGGGAUAGAGCAUUCUGAAGAGGAAGAAGGAAGACGAAAUGGAGGUCCGUUCUGAGGAGGCGAUCCGCCAGCUUCAAGCUUUGAUGGAUCACGUUGAGGAGCGAUUGAUGUGCACUUUUCAGAAUGUUCAUCAAGGCUAUCUAGCUGAAACGUUGGAGCGAUUUCUGAAGGCGCGAGAUUGGAACGUUAGCAAAGCCUACAACAUGCUGCUAGAUUGCUUAAACUGGCGAGUAGACAAUGAAAUCGACAUGAUGUUAACAAAACCCAUAAUUCCUGUUGACGUUUACAGAGCGGUUCGUGAUUCUCAGCUCAUAGGACUUUCAGGUUAUUCAAGAGAGGGCCUACCAGUCUUUGCCAUUGGUGUUGGACUCAGCACAUUCGAUAAAGCGUCUGUUAACUACUACGUUCAGUCACACAUUCAAAUUAAUGAAUAUCGGGAUCGUGUAAUCUUGCCUUCUGCAUCGAAAAAGUAUGGGCGGCCUAUUACAACUUGUGUUAAGGUAUUAGAUAUGACCGGUUUAAAGCUAUCAUCACUGAGCCAAAUUAAGUUAUUGACAAUCAUAUCAACCAUCGACGACUUGAACUACCCGGAGAAGACAAAUACAUAUUUCAUAGUAAACGCCCCUUACAUAUUUUCAUCUUGUUGGAAGGUAGUCAAGCCUCUGUUGCAGGAGAGAACUAGGAAAAAAAUACAAGUUUUAUCAGGCAGUGGAAGAGAUGAACUGCUGAAGAUAAUGGACUAUUCGUCUCUCCCACAUUUCUGCAAAAGAGAAGGCUCGGGAUCAUCGCGUCAUUCAUCUGAUGGAGAUGAAAAUUGCUACUCUUUGGAUCAUCCCUUUCAUCAACAACUCUACAACUACAUCAAGCAACAAGCGGUGCAGGAAUCUUCGAGACCGAUCAAACAGGGAUCUGUUCAUGUAAGUCUACCUGAACCACCUGCAGAUGGAGCUGAAAUUGUUAAAACCAUUGAGUUAGAGUUGCACAAGUAGGGGAAUAGAUUAGGCAGCCUAAAAAUAUGAAAACCAAGGUAAUAGAGAUGACGACUCCGUCUACGGCUUGAAGCAACAGAAACCUAACUCUAUGCAUUUCAACAAGACGUCGAUGGCUGCAGGACCGAAGUUCAUUUUGGAAGCCCUGCCUACGACAUUAACACGACAUAGCUAAUGUACUACUACUAUUUUGCAUUUGGCAAUAGGUCCCAAGAUAAUAUAUUGUAUGUAAUUUCACAUAUAGGCUGACUAAGUAGGAUUGUCCUCUAGUCAUUGUUCUUUAGUUAGCUCCCUGUUGCGCAGGCCAUUUCAUGUCUAUUGAUAUAAUAAAUAUGUUCUUCACAUCU